AUAGAUUUGAAUUGAAAGCACUCGGGUGCAGACAAAAGUGCACAAAUUAAAAUCAGAUCUGUGUGACACACCCUGGUGAUUAGUGAUGAUAGUAAUAAAUGCAACGUUCAUUUGUUGUUGUUUUUUUGCCCUUAAUAUUUGUUGUGGCAAAACAUUUAAACUGACACUUUUUACAACAUCCUUCUUACUCAGUAUCUCUUACGGCAAGCGGCGAUUCCAGUUUUGAGGGAUUUUUACUCCAGGCCCGAGCAGUUGGAGGUGAUGUUGCUGUGGGACAUUUUCGAAUCCUAGACCCCAACUCGCAAGGCCUUGCGUGCAAUGACAUUCAGAAUUCAUCCCUGAGUCACACAAACAAGGCAAAGAAGCAAAACAUAACAGCAAUUUGGAUUGCUGCUCCUGGUGUAGGGCAUGUUGAGUUCAGAGCAACAGCGGUCUAUAAUUUUUCGGUAUUCUGGACUCAAGUUCAAAGUCAAGUUCUCGUGUCUUCCAGUUCACCACUUGUUCCAACCUUCUCCUCCACAACAAUCUCCACAGAGGAAGGGUGUGGCAAAUACAAGUUUUGUUUCAGUAACCCUGCAGGCUGCAGCCCAAGCAACCCAAACUGUUACUUCAUGUCAUCCGUGGCAUUAGGGAGCGAUGCUUUCCAAUUCGAAAUGAGCGGACUUUCAGACGGAUAUGUAGCUAUUGCCUUUUCUGAUGAUACGAUAAUGGGGGAUGAUGAUGUUUAUAUCUGUGGUAAGAAUGGAACGGAUCGCAUAGAGGUUCAACACGCCUUCUCAACUGGACGUAGUCGUCCCAGCCCAAGGCCUCUGGGUAAUGUGGACGUUCUGACAACAUCCUUCAGCGAGGGAAUUAUCAGGUGUUCUUUCAUCUCGAGAAACCCCAUAUCAACCCAGCCAAGAAGCACUGACAGUUUGUACUACAUAUUUCUGGCUUUUGGGCCAUCGCACGCUGAUGGGAUGAUACGGAAGCAUCCCAGGACACCCUUUAUUACUCAUCAGAAGGUGAACAUUUCAAGCUUUGCAGCAGUAGGCGGCACCAGUUCUACACCCUUGAUCAUCAAAGCUCAUGGAGCCCUCAUGUUGAUCGCUUGGAUGACCACAGGCAGUGUGGGAAUGAUAUUUGCCAGGUACUUGAAGAAAUCCAUCAAGAAACCUCUCUUGGGUAAAGAUAUUUGGUUUCAGAUCCACUUUUUGAUGAUGUUGCUAACUGUCGUGGCAACGGCAAUCGCUUUCAUAUUAAGCUUUGUGGCAGCAAAUGGGUGGAGUGAGAGUGCAGGAGCCCAUGCUGUUAUCGGAUGCAUUGUCAUGAUUCUCUCUUUGAUUCAGCCAGCCAUAGCUUUUUUCCGACCAUCUCUUCAAAAUAACCGGAGGUUUAUUUUUAAUUGGUUUCACAUGCUAAACGCAUUAGUCAUCAAAGUUUUGGCAGUUGCCGCCAUAUUUCUGGGACUGCAGAUGCUCAGCAGCUCUCCUAGCCAAUGGAUGGUUAAAACAAUGGGAGGCUUUGUGGCCUGGGAAGUCUUAGCUGCUAUCCUGAUGGAUGUAACUCUGUGGUUGAAAAAGAAAGAAAUGUAUGAAGAUUCAAACACCAAGGUGAAAAGUGAAGUGAUACUGCUGCUGUUGUACCUGUGUGGCAACCUGGCAUUUUUAAUAGCUCUGCUUAUAGGUAUUGGAAGUUCUUAAAAUCGGUUUCCCGUUUGGAGGAAGAAUGAAAAUGGCUUCUGCUCUUUUUCUACCCAGACAGAAAUUUCCGACCUCCUCUGUGCAAUUGUCUACCUGGAUGUACUGACAACUUGUUGAAAGGCAUCAACACUGAUCAUGAAAGUUGUUUGAUAAUGAUUCUGAAGGAAACUAAUUUACAAAUGAAGCCAAAUAUGGCAGAUCCCAAGUGCGUGAGUGUGUUGACAUGAAAUGCAUCUUUAGUCCUGACCAUGUUUGACGUACCGGAUCAACAUUUGGAUAUUGGUAGGGUUUCUUUUUCAAGCCAUGGCAAGAGAAACUCUCCCCCCCCCCUCUUUUAUGAUGCCAUCUUAAUCAGUUAUUCUGUUACUUUAAAUUUAAGGCUGGAUUUACAAUUUCACUCUCAGAGAAAUUCUAAGUACUACAGAGGCUUCAUUAGUACUCCCCUUAACUUGACAAAUGCAAGUACAAUCAACACGCUCUUUCUACCACGCUGAGGCUGCAACCCUGCAAACAUUUAUUUGCAAGUAAACCCUACUGGCUGCUUUGGAAUGCAUGUCUGAUUAAGACUGCAGUGCCUGUGUGGUCAGCUGCACAGAUCUCUCGCCUCUGCAGACUGCUCCAUUCAUUUCAGAGGAAGAACACAAACUGUGGUCACAUUUCUUGACAUGAGUUGUGCUAGGGAGCUCUUUCAUCAGUGAACAAUUACUGGGGCAUGGCAUAUAUUUAAUUAUGACAACCCCCAAAUUAAUCACAUUACUCUCUUAAUGUUUUCUCCCAUGGUUUUGCUCUCCUUAAAUUACUGAUCUAGUCCAGCAGCUAUUGGCAAGACCUUGGAUCGUCCCAAGCUGCAAAUGUUUUGUCACAUUUUACAACUCUGUGCCAGUGUUCAAAAACCGUUAGCAAUAGAAAGAUGUUUCACAUGUAACACUAAUCAUGAUAGCUGUCGAAGCACAGAUUUAUGAUUUUAGAAUCCAUUUGGCUCUGCAGUCUAAAUGCAAUACUGGCUGGCUGCCCCUUACCUGAGCCUCGUUCUCUGUUCUUCAUCCUCUUCCUUGCUGCUUGCUCAUUCCAGCCAUCCAGCACAGAAGAGAUGACGACUUCUUUUUGCCUCCCACAUGCCUGCAUUGUGUUAUUUGCCUUCAAUCUGCAAUCCUCAACAAUGUCCAAGGGGAAUUUUGUGGUCUUCCUCCACAAGACAGCACUUGCUGUUUAGCCUCGCCCCCCCGUCUCUGAAUACAUAGAACCAUAAAAUUGUAGAGAUGGAAGGGACCCUGAGGAUCAUCCAGUCCAACCCUCUGCAAUGCAGGAAUGUGCAAUUGUCCCAUACGGGGAUCAAACAUGCGACCUUAGAGUUAUCAGCACCACACUCUGAUUGAGCUACCCAGCCUAUUCUCUUCUUGGCAACAGUGGCCAGAAAGAGGGGAGGAGAGCUCCAUUUUUUCCCUGGGUUGUUGACAGCCCCAGUGGGAACAGUCCAUUUGGCUAUGUAGACCUUGGCCUGGUACAGCAUGUUAAUUCUUACGCCUGUAAUAAUCCAAAGCAAAACACCAGCAUCAAUCAAAACAAAAAAAAAAAUUCCUUCCAG